UGCUUAUAAAGGGGAAGCCCCGAUUGUUGAGGCAGCUUUCAUCACUUGGACCGGUCGUUGGGUUUGUCCACUCGUGUGCAGGUUGUUGUAAAUCCUCAUCCCCAUGGAUCCACUCCCUGCUUGUGACCUGGCGAUGACUCCCGUGGAUUUGGAAACUGUACUGGCAGAUCUGGUUUCCAUGUCCCCAAAUGCCACUGCAGCUGGAUCAUCGGGCAUCUCUGUGGCAACAAGAACCCUCAUGCUAUUUGUCUGUCUGCUGCUGGUCGCCUGGAGUCACACAGAUAAGAAAACUGUACCAGGUCCUUCUUUCUGUCUGGGUUUGGGGCCACUUCUGUCAUAUGUGAGAUUCAUCUGGACCGGUAUAGGGACAGCCAGCAACUAUUACAACAACAAAUAUGGAGACAUUGUGAGAGUCUGGAUCAAUGGAGAGGAGACCCUCAUACUCAGCAGGGCAUCAGCGGUGCACCAUGUACUGAAGAGUGGACAUUACACUUCACGUUUUGGGAGCAAGCAGGGACUCAGCUGCCUCGGCAUGAAUGAGAGAGGCAUCAUAUUUAACAACAAUGUAACUCUGUGGAAAAAGAUACGCACCUAUUUCAGCAAAGCUCUGACAGGUCCAGGUUUGCAGAAGACGGUGGAGGUUUGCGUCUCCUCCACACAGAGUCACUUGGAUGACCUGGACAGUUUGAGUCAUGUGGAUGUCCUCAGUUUGCUGCGUUGCACCGUGGUUGAUAUCUCCAACAGACUCUUCCUGGGUGUACCUAUAAAUGAAAAAGAACUGUUGGUGAAGAUUCAGAAGUAUUUUGACACAUGGCAGAGUGUGCUGAUCAAACCAGACAUCUACUUCAAGUUUGACUGGAUUCAUCAGAGGCACAAGACAGCAGCCCAGGAGCUUCACAAUGCCAUAGAGAGCCUUGUACAACAGAAGAGAAGAGAUAUGGAGCAGGCAGAUAAACUGGAUGACAUCAACUUCACCACAGAGCUCAUAUUUGCACAGAACCACAGCGAGCUGUCUGCUGAGAAUGUGAUUCAGUGUGUGCUGGAGAUGGUGAUCGCAGCACCGGACACUCUGUCCAUCAGUCUUUUCUUCAUGCUGCUCCUCCUCAAACAGAACCCAGAUGUGGAGCUACAGCUGCUACAAGAGAUAGACACUGUUGUAGGUGAGAGACAGCUUCAGAACGAGGACCUUCAGAAGCUGCAGGUGCUGGAGAGCUUCAUCAAUGAAUGUCUGCGCUUCCACCCUGUGGUGGACUUCACCAUGCGUCGAGCCCUGUCUGAUGACAUCAUAGACGGCUACAGGGUACCAAAGGGUACAAAUAUCAUUCUCAACACCGGCCGCAUGCACAGGACAGAGUUCUUUCGCAAACCAAAUGAAUUCAGUCUGGACAACUUUGAAAAAAAUGCUCCUCGCCGUUACUUCCAGCCAUUUGGCUCAGGCCCUCGAUCCUGCGUUGGCAAGUACAUCGCCAUGGCGAUGAUGAAAUCCAUCCUGGUGACAUUGCUCUCCCAGUACUCCGUUUGUCCCCAUAAAGGCCUGACCCUGGACUGCCUCCCACAGACCAACAACCUCUCCCAGCAGCCUGUAGAGCAUCAGCAGGAUGCUGGACAUCUCGGCAUGAGAUUCUUAACCAGACAGAGAGGUAGCUGGAAAACAGACUCUGACCUUUAGCUGUACCUAUACAUUUACACAGAAUAUAUACAUACAUGUCAUUUCCACUGCUUCUUUUAUAUUAUCUUUUGACUGUACAAAGCUAAGUUUUAUAUUUUGGUAUGUAUUGAAAUUGUAUUUCUACUGGAACUAUUAGGCAUUGUGUAAAAAGUUUAGACGCGCUAAUACAGAAGUAAAUGUAAAUUAUUGUGCCAACACUGUGCUGCUGUCUUUUUUGGGGGGUUUGGUGGGGUAAGAGAAGCUGACCCUUAGUUUAAAACUGCCUAUACAAAUAUGUAUUGGUUUCUGUAUUUUAUUUUUGCACUUUGCAUUCUGUGUUUGGUAGGUGCUACACAAAUAAAGUGUAUUUGUAUUACUC